CCCUGCCCUCGACAACAUACACGGACGCGCAAAAGCGCAGACACGUUCUAUACUUAAAAGAGGUCGCCUGGUGUUUACGCUCUGCAUUCACGACACAUUAACCUCCCUGUCUGCACUAAAGAUCUGCAUGGAUGUGGCUCAGUUUUGCAGAGACUCGGGAUUUGCUCCAAACAGCUAAAAAAAAAGAUCUAGGGCUGCGAGAGGAGCAGAGCUGUUCCCUCCAAACUGUGCAGGAUAGUUUCGGUCUCGCUCAGACAGAGCUUCACUCGCACAUUAAGUAAGAGGUGCGAAGUUUUGCAGACCGCAAUGUUAGAUGUUGCAGCUGCAUCUGUGGAUUCUUGUCCUGCUCCCUCUCCACGCGUGUCUUCACCUCUCCGCUACAAUUUUUGCGCACGAAUCACGUUUCCAGGUCAGAAACGGUUUGGACUAGAUCGCUAUAGGGACGGCGGCGAUCGCUGCUCCAACACAGACAAGGUCUAAUUACCGGACUUUGUGCUGGUGCAGCCUACACGUGAGUCGGAAGCUGUUCCCAACCGGAGGCGCGCGUGCGCUCUAACCACAGAGCCGACGGCUUUUGCAAAGUGGCAGCUCAGGGAACUAUAGACAUCAGUCUGAGGCACAGCUCCACCGGAGGACACGCACCGCGCAUCGUCUCCCCUUCAGCAGUCCGCGUGUGGGUCGUGGAACAACAAACAUUCCCCCAAAAGAAGCUGAGAAGCGGAGAAACAGCAGCAGAGAAGCGAUGGAUGAAAGAAUACCGCAUUUACAGGACAGACAGUUCAUGGAGCACGCAGAUUUCUUAGGGGUGGACUACCCCUCUCUCUACAUGUGCAAAUCCAAAAGAGGGAUCAAACGAGAGGAUGGUGGCAAGCAGGACGCAUACAAGUUACCCCACCGGUUGAUAGAGAAGAAGAGGAGAGACCGAAUCAACGAAUGUAUUGGCCAGCUGAAGGAUCUGUUACCCGAACAUCUCAAGCUUUCGACACUCGGACACUUAGAGAAGGCAGUUGUUCUGGAGUUAACACUGAAACACUUAAACGCACUAACUGCUGUCACUGAGCAGCAGCACCAGAAGAUAAUUGCUUUGCAGAAUGGGGACCGAUCGAUGAAAUCUUCCAUUCAUGCAGAUCUGGACGCGUUCCACUCCGGCUUCCAGGCCUGUGCCAAAGAGGUCCUGCAGUAUCUGAGUCAGUUUGAGAACUGGACGGCACGGGAGCAGAGGUGCGCGCAGCUCAUCAACCACCUUCACAAGGUUCUGGCGCAGUUCCAGCCUGGCUCGCCGCCGCUGCUCCAGCACCAGCUGCCCGCCGGAGAGGCACAGGAUGGGCAGAAAUCUGACAGCCAAGCGAACUGCGUCCCGGUCAUCCAGAGGACCCAGGGCGGAGAGCUUAACGAGAACGACACAGACACGGACAGUGGAUACGGAGGCGAGGCUGAGAAGAGCGACGGCAAAGAGAAAGAAUGUGAACGCAGUAACGCGCAGGGACAAAAGGCGGUGAAGAUCAAGCAAGAGUUUGGAGACGAUCGGGCUGCCAAGAAACCAAAGAUGAGCUGGCCUGGGAACGGGUUGGGGGGAGCAGACCCCACCAGGCCGGAUCUGGCGUUUAUGAACUCUCUGAUGGGAAUAAGCAGUGUGGGACAGCAGACACCGAUUUGCAUGCCUUUCUACUUCAUCAACCCCUCGGCUGCAGCGUCGUAUAUGCCUUUUUUCGAUAAAAACAACAUUGAAAAGUACAUGUACCCGGCGGCGGCUGCUCUUGCGUCCCCCUUCCCCUGGCUAUACCCCGCACACGCCUCGGCAGCGGCUGCUGCGGCUGCUGCUGCCGCUUUCCCCGGCUUGUCUGCGCACUUUGGAGCCUCCCCUCAGUCCAAGGACUCUCCGGAUGCUGAGGGGUCACCCGAGGCCGAGGUGGGCUCACCCGAGGACCGAGAGGAAAGUCCCGCCAGUGACGAAGGAGAGGGUGACGUGGGUGACGCGUCCCAGGAUGGCACCAACAGCCCACACGAGCAGUUUUCUGCCUGUCAGAGGAGCUAAUUAGUCUGUGUUACCUUUCUGUGCAUUCUGAUGAGGAGUUUAUGUAUUUUCUUUUUUAAAAUUUAGACUAGGGUUCUACAGGAGAGUUUCUCGUGUACAGUAUCUUGGCGAAAACAGGGGACAGUUGUGACAGCGUGUGCCUUUUGCACUUCUGAUAGAUUAAACAAUCUGAAUGAUUAUCGACCAUGAUUGACACUACACGGCUGUGUUGUGCUGGAUUUCUUUUUAAAUCCUCUUUGAUAAAAAAAUAUUUUGACAUGGCAGCAUUGGUGCCAAAAAAAACUUUGAGUACUACAACAGUGCGCAAUAUCCCAAUCAGUGAGUCACUUUUGGAUGUAUGAAGUUGCAACUGACCUCUGCCAAGAUUAUGACCAACUUGGCUCUGACUCUGACUGUAAAUAUUGUUACCAGAAAGAUAGUCUGAUCCAUUAACAUGUAAAUGUGCACUAAAUGGGCCUAUAAAAGAAGUGCUCCUGGAAGUGUAAUGCCUACAGUACCUCAUCCCCAGCUGGGGUAGGCUUAUUGGGAGGCUCAUUAAAGUCCCUCCUGAGAAGAAAUGAAUGGUAUCCCCCUCUCCUCUAACUCACACACAGAGCAUCUCCUCCAUACAAAAAACAAAAACUUAAAAAACAGCUGUUUUAACAACCACAGAUUCAGAUCAUGGGACAGGUUUUGUGCCCAGCUCCCCUCAGCUCAUCUUUACAAAACUCUGGUUUAAUUUGCUUGUUUUGUCCCCGUGUGGAAAGACAAAAACAAAUAAAUCACUAAGAAUAACGAUGAGACAAAACCCUUCAUUCAUAAGGGUUUGCUUGACCAGCAUAUUGUACAUCCUCCUCCCCCCCUGACUGAAGCAUUUCUGCAGAGAUGCACUGACCUCAUGUACCUCCAGGAAACAUUGUAGGAUAGCACCUUACAGAUCUUUGAUAUUGAAUGUACCUGUAUUUUCCCAGCUGUUCAAAGUUUGUAUGUAGGAUGAUCUUUACUCUUUGAGACGUUAAGUGCACUUUUUUCUGCUUUUACUCCCCCUCGCCUCCGCCCCUUCCUGCCCCAAACUGUCACCGUAUCAUUUCUGAAAGUCAAUCACUGUAGUUCUCUUUGAACCUUUCUAUUGUGUUGCGUUGUCUUGAUAUAAAAAUGCAUUUCAUCAAAGAGAAGAAGAAACCAGACGCUUUGUGAUGAUUUCAUGCAGUAAAGUGGUGAUUAAGUCAUUCCCCCCCCAUUUUUCAAAACACUGCUUAUUUCUGGCUCUUACAGGGGGAGAAAAGAUCGUAAUCAGAUUUGAAGCCCCUCCUCCAUUACACAUCAGGCGAGUUAGGACUUUGUGUUUUCUGCUAUCAUUAUGUAAAACAUUACUUUUCAAAAUGCAGACAAAACUUGGAAAGAACCUGCGGUCAACGCCAUUUUAAGGAACUUUAUCUCGGCCUCUUUUCUAAUUAUUCCCCGCAAGUGUAGUGUUGUUCUGCUUUUCUAAGUUUCACAUGUGACUGAAUAGGCAGGUGACUUUCAUUGUAUUUUGCAUACAUUACAUUGCUUUUGUAGUUUUUUCCUCAGCUGUUUUUUUCUCUCGAUCUGUUAUCAGCUGUUCUAUAAAGUGGCAUGUGUGUUUGUAAAUAGUUUUUUUUGUGAAUAUACCAUGAAGUAUACAUGUCUUUGUCAAUGUUGUAGAAGUCUAUGGAUUUUUUUUAAAGAUUGAACUGAGCAACUGUUGCACAUUUCGUUAAUGCUUUACACAUAUGCUGUUCUAAAUUAUUGCUGAUGAGUUGUAAAAUAAAUAUCAAAAACUAAA